AUGCCGGGCUCACAAUCAGAACGUGAACGGCAGAGGAAGCAUGAAGAAGAGAUGCAACAAAAAUGGGAAGCUACUAUCAGUGCUCAAUUGGAGAAGAUGAAGCUACCCGAACUCAAGGAAAACUUGAGUAAACGAAAGCUGAAGACCACCGGUAACAAGAGUGAAUUGGUGUUGAGACUAAAAACUGCAUUGAGUUUCGAACGAGAACACGGUGCCUCGGGAAGUGCAACCCAAGUGGAACCAAAGAGCCCAGUACCAGACGAUAGAAGUGCCAGAAUAGACGACGAUGAAGAAGUAAGAUCCAGCAGUGAGAGUAGCAGCGAGGAAUUUGAAGAAGAAGAAGCUAGACGAAUUAGACGUAAUAGACGCCACAACCCCAGUAGACGGCCUCGCAGCUACAUGCUGACAUUCAAAGAUGUUGAAGAGUCAAUAGAGACUUUCAGUGGAGAUGAUCACAUCAGCGUUGUCCGAUGGAUCAACGAUUUCGAAGAAUUGGCGGAGACGUGUGAGUGGAGUGAUAUCCAGAAGGUGACGUACGCGAAGAGGUUACUGAAAGGUCCUGCGAAGCUAUUUGUGAAUUAUGAGAAAUUCAAAAAAUGGUCACAACUGAAGAGAGGUCUCAAAGUAGAGUUUGCCGAGAUCAUCGAUAGCCAUAAAAUUCACCAGGAGCUGGCAAAGUGCAAGAAGAAGCCAGAUGAGUCAUUCCAGACUUAUCUAUACAAAAUGAUGGACAUUGCAGCUCAGGGCGAUGUGGACUUACGGUCUGUGAUCCAGUACAUUGUGACCGGGAUUCCAGAUGACCCCGUGAAUAAAACAAAACUCUAUGGUGCAAAGACAGUUCGUGAUCUCAAAGAACGAUUUUUGGAGUACGAGGCGAUGAAAAAUGAAAUGAAGUUGAAGAACAAAAGUGUGAAGAUCGAUGAUAAAAAGAAGUCGACGCGACCGGGUAGUGCAGUGAAGAGCGGUGACAUUAAAUAUUGUUAUAAUUGUGGCGAGAAGGACCAUUUUGGCAGAGAGUGCCCGGACAAAGCCAAAGGACAAAAGUGUUUCAAGUGCAAGGGAUUUGGCCACAUUGCUUCGAGAUGUACAUGGAAGCCAGAGGAGAAGAAAACGUCAUCCUAUGCAUCAUUCCAGGCGCCUCGAGGAAAGCAGUUGAAGGAUGUCGAAAUUGAAAAUCAGAGGUAUUCUGCGGUGAUUGACACAGGUAGCGAUUUAAGUCUAAUGCGUAAAAAGACGUAUGAAGAGUUGGGGUCUCCUCCGUUGGGGCAAGACACAAAAUUUGAUGGAUUAGGCGCGAAUAACAAUUGUACAUUCGGUUCAUUUGAAAUUGUUAUGAUUGUUGAUGGAGAAGAGUAUAAAAUUAAAUUUCAUGUCGUAGAUGAUUCUUUGAUGAAAUAUUCUGUGCUCAUCGGAGCUGAUUUUCUUAAUCGAGUAGAACUGCGAUCGGUUGCUGGUAAAGUUACUCUUCACAAAAUUGUAAAUGUUUUUCCUGAAGACGAUGCUGACAUUCCCGAAGUUUUGAAGAUUGACGCGAUAGAAGAUAAUUCUUUGGAUUUAUCACAUGUAGAAGAUGUAAAUUUACGUGAACAAAUUGACGGUAUAAUUCAGGCUUAUGAGCCAGUGAAGACGCACGAUGUAGGAGUUUCGAUGAAAAUUAUUUUGACGGAUGAUAUUGCGGUAUCGCAGAAGGCAAGACGGUUAUCACAUUCAGAGACGCAAGAAGUUAUUCGACAGAUAGAAGAAUGGCUAGAGCAAGGGAUCGCUUGUCCCUCAAACUCAGAAUUUGCAAGUCCGAUUGUUUUAGUUAAGGAGAAAAAUGGCGACGAAUUGGCACACGAAUUUGUGUGGAUUAUCGGAAACUAA